UGGGUUUUACCAUUACUACUACUACUACAACAACAAUUCCUAGACCUACACCUAGACGUUUGAUUUACCUUAACAAUAUUGUACAACUUGCUGGACAAGCCAAGACAUAAGUUGUGUCACACGCCAAUGAUAAUUCAAUAUCACCAUAAUACCUUCACCAGUUUACUGUUCACCAAUCACCAAUGACCAUCAUUUGAUUUAUUCAUUGCAAAUGCUAGUUCUGUAUUAUUACGUCAUAUGUCAUAUAUAUAAUCGGUCGUCGUAUACGGACAUAUCCGUUGUUAUCUUUUAUUGACCACGCCCUAUAUAGCAUUCUUUGUUGUCCGUCAAAAAAGUGUGAACAAGAUGAAGCUACUUCACAGCCCUAGCAUAAGAAAGGUGGUCGGUAUAGCCGUCCUUCUCUUUAUUCUAGAGCUGAACAUGAUAGCCCUCUACACUUACACCAUGGUGGAUCACCCGCACUCUGACGAGACUCAGUCAAAGCCUACGGACUCCAUAGUGCGUGUUAAGAGGAUAGUGAAUGUUGUGACUGGAUUGCUCCCUGGAUCUGACUCACAGGGCGAGUUAUUGACUGAUAGUGGUAGUGGUGAUGGGUCUCCUGUCCCUGGGGAAAAAUUUAAACCGAAUUUUAACGUAACUAAGAAACCGUCAAAAAAGCCACACCGUCCAGCCAAUCAAAAGGCAAAACCAAAGGACACGACCGCUAAACCACGUCCGAAAGCUCGCCCGAAUUCUGUUUUUCCCUCUCAACUACCUCCGGUACUAGUGGUAGGCGUGAAAUGUUCGGGUGUAUCGAUUUUGACACAAUUGAUGAAGCUCCACCCACAGAUAGUACUGACGAAUGGAACAUAUCAGAGAAUAAUGACAAAUACAUACGAUGAUAGUAGUAAGAUCAGCAGGAGGAAAGGUCAGGUAGUGGUAGAUGUAUCGACUGAUUUAUACACUAGCAAGGAUGCUCCAUCUUUGCUCAAAAGACAUUUACCAAAACUUAAAAUCAUCGUAAUAUAUCGUGACCCUCUUGACCGAUGUCUUUCCUGCUAUCACAGAGCGUAUGCUCAACUUGAUGGAUCCGGUGCUAGAUCCUUUGAUGAUUUUGUUCUAAACUCAAAAGGAAAAGUAAAUAUGCAGUCAGAGCUAGUAAUGGAGAGCACAUACGAUGUCUACUUGUCGCAUUGGCUGAGCUAUUUUAGCAAGGCUCAAUGGCUCUUUGUUGAUCAUUCUCAGAUCAUUAAUCAACCCUGUCGCACUUUAAAGAGAUUAGAAGUGUUUCUCGGCUUAAGGUCAUUUUAUAGGAAAGAUCACUUUGUAUUUAACAAGCAGCAGUCGCUUUGUCUUAUUGAUAAAUUAAAUGAAAAGCUUAAGCUAAGUAGUCCCUUCUGUCUGCAAUAUAACAUCACAGUAAACGAGGCAUCUAUUAUGAGCCCAGACACUGAAGACAUCUUAAAGGAAUACUUUAUCCCACACAUGGAGAAGACACUGUCCCUGAUUUCAUCACAAGCAUACUUGAGUGAUCUAGUAUCAUUUAUGAACUAAAAGUGGUACAUUAUUUACUUCAAAUAUGCAAUCCAUGUACUAUUAUUAUUAUUAUUAUUAUUAUUAUUAUUAUUAUUAUUCAUUUUUUUAAUACUAAGUGAAUCGAAGUUUGUCUUUAAUUUUGUCGAAUGACUUUAAUUCUUGG